AUCUGUAAGUAAUUUUACCUCUGGAGCAGAAAGUGAUACCAUUCAAAAGCAAAUGGGAUUAAUAAAACUCAGAAUAAUAGCUUUUAUUGUUCUCCAAUGUAUAAUAAUUGGUGUCGUACCAAGAAUUUUUGAAGACCAAAAAUGUCAAGCUGACACACCAGAAGGGCAUUUCAGACCAUCUGUUCCACACUUGACAUUAACAGAAGACUAUCUGAAUCAGUUCAAAGAAAUCAUCAUAAUAGGUGAUCAACAUGGAUGCUACGACGAGGAACAACUUCUCAUUAACAGGUUCCAGUUAAACGAUACGGUUCUGAAAAUAUUCACUGGAGAUCUUACAAGAAAAGGUAAUAAAAACCUUGAAGUUAUUCGUUAUGUUAAGAACUGCAGCUCAUGCAUUAGUGUUAGAGGAAAUAAUGACGAAAAAACGUUAUUAAUGAUUUGGAAAAAGCAGACUGGUAGCAAUUACACUUAUGCACCAGCAGAUAAGUGGAUGAAAGAUUUGACCGAAGAUGAAAUAAAUUGGCUUAAAGAACUCCCAUAUUCGAUUUACCUACCAAGCAUGAAUUCCAGAGUAUGCCAUGGAGGAUUUUUGCCAGGUGGUAUACCCAUUGAAGACAACCGACCUUACACUAUUAUGAAUAUCCGAACUGUUAUUGCGGAUCCCGAAUGCCCAGGUGGUUGGCGACCAACUCGACAAGAGUUCCUGGAUUCCAAGGAGACCCCAACUUUCCCAUGGGCUUCACAAUGGCGGGGACCAGAACAUAUUUUCUUUGGACAUGACCAUUCAAGGCAAUUACAAUUGUAUCCAUUCGCAACUGGGGUCGAUACAGCUUGUGUCCGGGGACACUACAUGACAGGUCUUUUCAUCAGAGGUCCUAGAAAAGGUACAUUCGCCACUCAACCUGCUUUAAAGAAAUAUUAUCACGGAAAGGUGUAAAUAUUCGAUGACAGCAAUGAAUACUUAUAGGAAAAAAUUAUUAUCUGAUGAAGAUGCUAAAAUUACACCAUUAUGUGUAUAAGGACUUCAAAUUUUCAAUGUUUGAGACAGCUGAUUUUUACAUUUAUCUUAGAAUACUUAAUAAAGUAUGCACUUAGAAUAUAA